AUGCCAAGAGAUACUGGGAGCACGGUUGACUCUGACUCACCUGUACAGAUGAACGCCGAGCAGUCAAAACGAAGUAAGUGUGCCAAUUACUUACAGUCAGCAUUGAAUCGUCCACGUUGUAAUUGCACUCCUUGAAUUCUAUUUUUCUCCUGAACUAGGACACACUGUGAAACAAACACGAAAAUAUACACCCAAACUCUAUACUAUAGAAGAAGUUUCAAAAGAGCAGGAGGAGGAAGAAGAAGAAGAGGAGUAUUUUGAGAAUGAGGAUGUUGAGGAAGGAGAAUAUGAAGAAGAAGAGGAUGAAAUUGAAAAGAUGAGAAAUGACGGACUCAGCGAGGAAAGCAAGGAGGAGCAAGUGAAGGCCGACAAAGUGGAGGAGGAGGAGGAGAAGAGAGAGUGCGAGGUGGCGGACAGUGAGGAGCAGGUGGAAGCAGGGCGGUUGGUGGUUGAGGAAGAAGAGGGAGUAGUCGGAGAAACAGUUGAGGAUACGAGGCAAAAUGUGGACGAGAAUGUAAAAAAGGCCGAUGAAACUAAAGAGAUGACGGCGUCUAAACGGGAUGCCAUGCUCUACAGUCAAAAACCCUCAAAGAUACUGGACGCAUCAGAGAGGAAAAUGCAAACCGAAUCAACGCUUGCCAACACAACAGCCAGACAUGAAGGCUACGGUGUGACCUCAACUUCUGGAGACGUUUUGCAGCAGUUAACGAGAGCUGAGAAGUGGGCCAUGUGACGGCACGUUGCUCAUAGGAGAAACGUUUGCGCAUCGGCAGGUUGGUCCAUGAUUCCUUUGCUGUCAUGCAAGUGUCCUUCAUGAUUUGCCUUAGUCUUUUUGUUGGUCUCUAGUGCAAUCGCACUUUUAAAUCUCAAUUUUAGAAUCAAAUUGUCUGCUCGACCAUAGGAGACGCCGAUCCAUUGGACGACGUCUACGUCAUGUGUGGAGACGGUUUGUCUGUUGUGGAGUGCCGCAGGACGACGAAUAAAACCUUUCCAUCUGGAUCCAAGCGAACGUUCUCACCCCUGUAAUUUCUCACUCAUCAUUGUAAAAUAUACUGAUUAUUGUUUGUUCAAUGAAUCUUGUUUUCGCACACUUAUUGGGCAAUCGUCUGUGUUCGUGGUCAUUCGUGUGCACAGAAGGGCUGGGUGUGGCAUGCGAAUGGCAGAGAACAUGAAAGGUCUACUUUCGUUUACAAAUGGACAUAAUUUGCAAAUUCAUAAGGAAAAGGGCCUGCAGACGGUACUACCUCUUAGUCGCCCAGAUGUUUUCUCGAUGUGCGAUCGUUCAUGGCGUUGUUCGAUCGGCUACUGGUUUAAUUUUUGGUUAUCCAUUGGUCAGAGUGAAUUCACGAUAGUGUUGUCGUUCAACACAUGUGUUGCUGCAGUGUGCUGCAGUGUGCUUAAUCUCUUUGGAAAUGAGCAUGGAUACAGCUGCGUUUGUGAUUGAGGAAGUGAAUGCUGCCGUAGUGAAGCAUUUUUCUUGCAGUGUCGGCCUUUACACGCCGUUUGAUGCAACGUAUAGACAUGCUGCCAUUAACUAAAACCUCAGCAGUUGUCCAUUUAUUGCGUUGCAACAAUGGAGACUGAAACUGCGUUGGGAAACCGGGCGGAAAUUGCAGAACCGCAUACAUGAGCACAAUUCGGCAAGUCAGAGACUAGGCUUAAACUCACAGCUCGCGGCUCAUACUGGAGAAAAUAGUCAGAUUUUUGACAUUCAAGGAGCAACCACCAUAAGCCUGGACACCUCAAGGACAGAGAGUGUCAUAUUUAAAACUUGGCACUCAGAUGCCCACUCCAUAAGCAGGAAUCGAGACCUUCCUGCAGCCUAUAAAGUCCUGCGUCACUUCAUAGGCCAUGACGAGGACAAGACAGUCAGAGGACAACCGAGCAAACACGGUCCGUCAACUAAUUUACCUACAAAAGGAACACAAAGGCAGCCGACCACAAUUGAGGUGAAAAAACACAACACAGGAGGCCAACAACAUUCACAAACGGCAGGCAGAGGACGAAGAAAAAAGUUGAUCAGAUCAACGCCAACUUAUUCGGCCGUUUAUUUGAAAUUCUUGUUGAUUUUCGCACGGAAACGUCAGAAAUGCAAUAGCCUUGAUCCGGUGUGCCCUUCAAUUUUCUAAAAUUAUCGACCCGGAUCUCUUUCCUUCGCCAAAAUGGUGUAAAUCAUACAGGUGAGAAACUAAUCCGCCAAACGCUCAGCAGCUUUUUAAUUGGACAACAGUGCUGGUAACCUUGACAAAAUGAGACGAUUAAGCAUUUAGAACAGAAAAUACAAGCUUCUCGACACCGUUAGAGAAAACAAAAUUUAAUCAUCUUCAAAUCGAAGCGAGUUACAGAAGGCCGUUCAGAAGAGGAAGUACAUGUGAUCGCCAGAACAAUAAACCUGUUUUUCCUGGCGUUUCUGAUUCUUACUCGAACCCAUCAUCAGAGACUUCUGCGGGUAAAGGUAGUUGAGGCACAAAGACUGUAGUAUAUGAAGCACGCUGUUGCUACGGGAUCACGUGAGUAAUAUAAUAAACAGUUCUCGCGAUCAGUCAGGAUGUCGUAAUGGAAGCGAUGAUGGCUUGUCAGGCCCGCAAUCCAUCCACAAGCGUAAUGUCCUCCCGGUACCUUUUCGUAACCAUCAAUGGUAGUCUAUAUUUAUGAAUGUUUGGGACUUCAUAAAGGAACACGAAAAACUAAUUAAGCGUCCACGGCGCAUACAGGACAUAAGAGAUGUCAGGCGGUAUAACAGGAAAUUAAGGGGUUGGACAAUUAACUGCCCGCAUAUUAUUAGUGGAAAAUGUUGCGUUCCUAAAACUCUUGUUUUACGGACCCAUUACUUAAAUGUUUCGUGUGACUGAUCUCUCAUUUGAAAAUAUGAAAAAGCUAUGUGGCCGAUUUAUCUAUUGCUCACUAAACUUGAGAAGUAAACUUAACAGUAUUGAAGUUUGCUUUUGUCUUUGAUUAUAAAUGUUUCAGACUUCUUAGAGGAACACGAAAAACUAAUUAUGCGUCCACGGCGCAUACAGGACAGUAGAGAGAUCAGGCGGUAUAACAUGACAUUAAGGGGUUUGAUCUUUAACUUUUCAUCUAUUAAAUAGCAAAUAAUAUUGCGUCCCAAAAUUCUUGUUUUACAGAACUACUACUCAAAUGUUUCACGUGACUGAUCUUUUUCGUGCAAAAUAUGAAACAUAUAUGUGGCCGACUUUUCUAUCGAUAUCAAUAUUUGAGCAAAAAAGUUGACAAUAUUGAAGGAUGUUUGGUCACCCAUCGUGUGCUAAAAACCACUUAGCCAUUUACCUAACAAGGCAGAAGCCUUGACCUAGAGCACUCGACACGAAAGCAGCAGCCCGUCUAGUUGGACUGUGAGAUUACUCUUACGUGCCGCAGUAUCCUGCUUGCGAAAACACCCUCGCGUAAAAUCAUGCUCACCAGUUUAAUGCUUUUGACAUCUUAAAAUCCCGUCUUUCCUGCGACAUUAGCCACAAUGUAUGCUCACAAUCUAGGCCAGGGGCGCUGAAGCUUUUUUCCGCGAAGAAUGAAAUGCUAUGAUGACUGCCUUUGUGCCACUAAGAUUUCCUUUUCCCACGGUGCCUAAUCUAGGUUUAACUGGCCUUUAUUUUUAUAUCACAUUGUCUAUUGAAUGUACGCCUCAUUGUAGUCAAAAGGUCUCAGUCUAGCCUUCUGCGUUAUUCGGUAAAUUGCUAAGUGGUUUCCAGCACACGAUGAGUGACAAGGCAAACUUCAAUUCCGUAAAUUUUCUGCCCAAAUGUUAAGAUCAAUAGAUAAAUCGGUCACAAUUCUUCUUCAACUUUUCUAAAUGAGAGAUCAGUCACACGAAACAUUUCAGCAAUGCGUCUGUAAAACGAGAAUUUUAGGAAAGCAACAUUACCCGCAAUUAAAACGGCGGGCAAUUAAUUGUCCAACCCCUUAAUUUCAUAUUAUACCGCCUGAAAUCUCUACUGUCCUGUAUGCGCUGUCGACGGAUAAUUAAUUUUACGCGUUCCUUUAUGAGGUCCUAAGCAUUUUUAAUUAUAUGCUGCCUUUGAUGAAUAUACAUAAGUUAAAGAACCUUUCUUAAGUCUUUUACUGGCCGAGAAAUCAGAACAAUUGUAAUUUUGUUCGUAGGAUUCUGGCUUAACUACCGAAAAUGGGGAAUUUUCAGUUUAGAAGUUUUUAAAUGUCUUUCGACCAAGGAUGAAAGUCAAACGUAAUAGGCACUUUAAUUUUCGAAGUGAUAUGGAAACCAAAGUUUUUAUAAUUCAUAGGCUCCAUAAAAACUUACAGGAUAUACAUCGGUAUUGAACCAACAUUUAAAAGCCGUAGGAGUCUAGCAAGUUUCAAUACCACUGCUCUUCAUAGUUUAUCUACAGAUAAACACACUUAUGUAAGAUCAUGAAGCCAACAAUGGAUCAGGUUUCUGCAAUGGCGAAUUCAAUGUGCAAGACUGAAGAGAAAACAAGGUGGUUUAUCCGAGAAUAUUAGAUUAUUGGGGUUGCACAUGUAGCCUACAAAUUGCAAUACCAGUUGUUUAAAUGGGGGGUUAAGAGUUGGAGAAGAUGUAGAAGGAAUAAAAAAAGAAGACUAAAAAGAAGAGGAAGAAGCGGGAUUAGUGGAACGUUGAGGAGGAAGGAGGGAGAGAGGAACCGGAAAACGGGAAGAGACCAGGAAGAGAAAGAAGAAAGUGAGUAAGUGUGCAGGAGGAAAGGGAUAAGGAGCAGGAGGAGGAGGAAGAAGCGAAACAGUGGUGUGUCGGAGUUAUAGUUCUUGUUGCAAGGAUUACGGUUUCAUAGGCGGACGCAAAAAUCGGCCUUGGUGGCCGCACAGGCUGCUAAAAUAACCAGACAAUCCAUCUAUGUCGCCGUUACUCUCUGAUGUGACCACCUCCUCAUAACCCUAUGACAACCAACGGAAUCCUAAGAGUAAGAUAUUAAAUAGUAGUGAAUUGGAAAGCUAUCUCAUGCGAGUGUGGUGCACCGAGCUAUGCUAUCUACAGCCGUCAGGCUUCAUGACUUCGGCUCGACAGCGGAUGCGUACGGUGGAUUAGGCGAGGCAUACAAGACUGUUAUACAUUUCCGACGCACUUGCUGCGAUCAUGGUCGGUGUAUACUCCGUCCCAGAUAACUGAGUUCCUUUUCUGUUAAGGAAUAUUUAACCAUCCACUGAACAGGUUUCCGUUUCUGUCGAGAGAGUGCAAAAUCAACCUAUCUCAGCAUAUGAGGGAAAAUUAUAACAACGGCACAAAUUGUCGUUAACCGAUAUAUCUUGAAGGCGCAUAGCAGUGCGCGAAGUCCUUGACGUCAAAGGGGACCACUAACAUUCACAAACGACGGUUACAGUGCCAAGGCAGUAAAAGAAGAAAAAAGUUGAUCAGCCCAAGUCCAAGUGAUUCGACCGUUCAUUCGAAAUUCUGAUCGAUUUUUGCAUUAAACGACUUGAUAAUCGGGAGCUGGACAAGCUACCCGAAAAGUCGGCAAUGGAAUACACUUGACUCAUACCGCACGUCAGUGUUUUCAGAUUAUUGACACGGAUCCCUUUCGAUCAAGGCGCAGGUAUCAUCCGCAUACCGAACCCAAAAUUUCGAUCUGUCGCUCCCGUCCGGUAGAGGAUUGACUCAACUGGUGCAAUCAUCUUGGCAGGUUUGGCAACAGCUGUCUUAAAUGAGGCCUUAUGCCUUAAAACCUGUACGUGUUCCUCCGUCAGCUCCUUUGACUACAGUCUGUGCACCAGUUUGUUGUUCUCGGAUGACGUUGGAGUAGACAGAUUACGAAAUUGGUUCUCUAGUGCGACUUUGCUUGUCGCUCUCUAUUCGCGUUUUCGUUCGGUCACACUCUUUUAAAGCAGUUUCGUACCGUUCUCGUCAAUGAACUCGCACCACAGUUCCUUCUCUUGGUCACUUCUCUGACGCUAUUCGUCAAGCCUUCAGCGUCAGUCCUGAGCGAGCACUUGGAUCAUUCCCCUGCCAUGCUGGAAUCCUUUACGUCCCGCCAGAUGUGUGUUAACCUGAGUUUUGUAUGAAGCACACUUAGAUAACAUAUUAUUGUUGAGAAACCUGUGCAGAAACAGAAGCUGCGCAUAUGUAGACGACUCCCGAAAGGUCAAUGUUUCCCAUCGUCGAGCCAAUCGGAGCGCAUCGCGUCCACAAGGAUUGUCAAUAGAAGAGGACAGGCUAGAUCCAGGAAGCAGUUCCGAGCUGGUGCAGGUGCAGACAUAGCAACAACGUCGGAGAAUUCAAAGGAUUACGUUCUACGCGGAUGGCUGAGCACGCAGCAGCAGUGAGUAUAAAUGACGAUAACUCUCAAUCGGCUGCUCAUUCUAGGGAACCCGGCUAUAUUUUCAAGUUCCAAGCGAGCGAAAUCCUUGCAAGACGCGACAACUGCGUGAACCGGGAGCUGCCUGAGUCAUGGUUUCCUGGGCCCCUGUCCAUCAACAAGUGCAACUACAGGAAAGCUUGCUCCGGUCGGGAAUGGUUGACCAUAUUAGGAACUGUAGUAUAUAGCAAUUGUGCAAAAUAACCACCGAUUACAAUAUAUGCACAAAAUGCACUCAUCGAUCUUAAAUCACCUUCUCCACAAAAGCCUACCUACGAACUUAAUGAAUCCAGCGGUUCAGUCAUUUUUAAUUCGCAUCUCACAACGUACAUGCUUCACCUAAUAAAUUCACUUACUAACGACGAAUAUCACAUUUGCCAAUUUUUGCCAGACUGACAACAAGGGUAUUAGAUAACCGCAAAGGCAUGUGGGUCGCGCUGAUAUUUUGCAUCUGCUUCCCCAGACUUCCCCGUGCUUUUUUCAUGUAAACUCAAAGCGAAUUCUUCAAUGAUUCUCUCUCUCUGUCAAACGUCCCUUGGAAAUGGAAAUCGCAGGUGAAUAAGCAAAUUAAAAUUGACUAAAGCAUUGGCUGUUUCUUUAAUAUACACAGACAUGUCACAUUUGAGAAAACUGCCAGCGAUAACUGGAACAUGAAAAGAUUGCAUCAACCAGCGCCACCCCCAAAUACAGGCCAAGAAUUUUGACUAAUUUCUCAUGAACCAAAAUACCUCAAUUACUAACAUGCAUCAAAGUCCACAUACAGCAUAUUUAAAAAAAACAGAGGCUUUCAAAAUCACAUUAGGGUAAUAUGCUGUGAGGUGGCGAUUUGCCAAUGUAAUCUGUCACGCUAAGUGAUAGGAACACACGGUCAGGAUUCUAAUCUAAAAUACCCAAUGCGAUACAUAAAGUGCAGCUCCAAUCCACCGGCUUUAUCCUAGAAUGGCAUCUCUUAUCGAGAACUCGGUAGCAUACACCUAGGAUCUCCAAGCUUUCUCGACAAAAACCAUUGCAUAACUGUUCAUUCGCGAAGUAGAUCUUUCUCAUUUAGAAUUCGACUGACAUACAUUAAUGUGCUUGGAGCCCGCGAAUGCACACGAGGCUGGUUCAGCAGUAAAAUGCCCUACUUAGAAGACUUUUAGGGAACCGAGUUUCUGUCCUUGGGCACACAUGCACGAAUUCCGCGCUCCCACUAUGACAAUUGAACUGCGGUCUGAUCACGAUCGAUACUGCUAUCGGACAUUCAAACGCAGCACACUCAGCAAAGCGCACAAUGGCGCGAAUCUAUAGGCUCAGUAAAGGUUUGCUGGUGAUGCGUGUUAGCGUGCUCUUCGUUGGUUGCAUUUUAUCCAACCCGCUGAUCAAUGCUCUCAUGAAUUUCGUAAUUAGCCUGCAAUAAGGUAAGCACCUUCCCUUUUAUGCUUUCCCUUUGUCUAUCAAAAAUUACCUAUCAGUAGCUCAAAGAUUUCUGUGCGUAUAUCAAGUUCAUGCAUUUAAAUGUGGAAACAGAGGUCGCUUUAUCGACUGCUAGGCAGAUUUCUCAUCUGUUCGUAAAGGGUUCCUUUAUAUCAGGCAUGCCGUCAGAUCGACAAGCGAAUGUCCAAUUGUGGAAGACAGCGAAGCAGUAUGUACACCUGAUUGUUAUGGCGACUGUGAAAUUGAAGUAUUAACGUCUACUGAAAUAAGUACAUCGUUUUUGAAUAGACGUCAAAACUGCUAGGCAUUGCAUUAAUAAAACCUACGAAGAUUUUUUCAGGCCUCCACUGACCAACAUGCCGUCUCUUUGCCCAUUCCUCGGCUCGCGUUAACUGCUGUGACACGUCCGCAGAGGCUGAUUCCGUUUCUCCCACGGUAUUUCUGACUUGUGGGUUUGCAAGCGUUUCUUCGACUUUCAUAAUAUUCUGUGGAGCGUCAAAUUGCUUGGCAGAGUAGAGCAUCACUUUGAGGGCAUGCUAUGGGAAGUAUUUCAUUGUAUGUCUCUGGUACGGAAAUGUGUUUGUAUAACCUGAAGGAUAAAUCUUGGCUUUGCAAUGGAGAGAUCAACGUAGCACUUAAAACAAACAAUGCAAAGAUGCUUGCAAUGUAAGAUGCGCAUGCAGUCGAUAAAGCGACCUCUGUUUCCACAUUUAAAUGCAUGAACUUGAUAUACGCACAGGAAUCUUUGUGCUACUGAUAGGUAAUUUUUGAUAGACAAAGGGAAAGCAUAAAAGGGAAGGUGCUUACCUUAUUGCAGGCUAAUUACGAAAUUCAUGAGAGCAUUGAUCAGCGGAUUGGAUAAAAUGCAACCAACGAAGAGCACGCUAACACGCAUCACGAGCAAACGUCUACUGAGCCUAUAGAUUCGCGCCAUUGUCUGCUUUGCUGAGUGUGCUGCGUUUGAAUGUCUGACUGCAAUCGAGCAGACACAAUUCGAAGUUUCUGGGUUACCAAAAUUAAAGUGCCGUGGACGGAGAAGACGAGGAUGAAAUUGAAAAGCCAAGAUAUGGUGGGCUCGGCGAGGGAAACAGCGAGGAACAAAAGAACUCGGAGGAAGUGGAGGAAGAGAAGAGUGAGCGUAAGCUGUCGGCGAGUGAGGAGCAGGUGGAGGCAGGUCAGGAAGUGGAGGAAAAGAUACACAAAGUGGUCGAGGUGGGAAAGAAUGAGGAGGAAUCGAAGAAGAUAGCGGAUUCGAGGCCGUAUGCGAUGGUUAAAUGUCACCGGUCUGCCAAUCUACUUGACGCCACACAGAAGACGACGAAAACUGAAAGAAUUCAUGGAGAGUCGCCAUUAACCUCCGGGGUUGUCCCAGCAGUUACUAAGGGCUGA